AUGAGACUGAAUGGGAUCGCCAAGAGUGUGUACAUUGAGAAGAGUAAAGAUCCAAAAACUGAGUCCUGGGGGCACUCUGAGAAGUGGGGAAUAAAAGAGAAAUCAGCAAAGGAGACUGUGAAGGAAAAUAGUGAAGGCUUCCCCCGGGCUCAGCUCGGACAGAGCCGCGCCGGCUCAGGCGCUCCGCGGGCACCCGGUGGGGGCCUUUCCUGCCGCCGGCGCCGGGGGCCUUCUACGCCUCUGUCCGCGCCCGAGAACAUGGCGGCGGCCUCGGGGAGAGCUCUGCUGCGGGCGGGCACUGAGCGGCUGGUGCGAGGAGGGGUUUGGGAGCUCCUCCGGCCGCGACUUGAAGGGGGCACCUCCGGCUCGGAGCGCGACUUCAGCCUGUCUCACGGUCGGGGCACGGUCAUUGUGGAGCGCUGGUGGAAGGUGCCGCUAGCGGGAGAGGGCCGGAAGCCGCGCCUGCACCGGCGGCACCGCGUCUACAAGCUGGCGGAGGACACGAAACACCGGCCCAAAGACAACCUGGAGCUCAUCCUCACGCAGUCGGUGGAGGAACUUGGAGUGCGAGGUGACCUGGUCUCAGUGAAAAAAUCUGUAGGCCGUAAUCGACUACUUCCUCAAGGACUGGCUGUAUAUGCAUCUCCUGAAAACAGGAAGCUGUUUGAAGAGGAGAAAUUGCUGAGACAAGAAGGAAAAUUAGAGAAGAUCCAGACCAAGGCAGGUGAGACGACAGUGAGAUUUCUGAGAAGAUGUCACCUGCAGGUAGGAAUGAAGAACAAUGUCAAAUGGGAGCUAAACCCUGAAAUAGUUGCCCGCCACUUCCUCAGAAAUCUUGGUGUUGUGGUUGCCCCACAUGCAUUAAAGUUACCAGAAGAGCCUAUCACACAGAGGGGCGAGUACUGGUGUGAGGUGACGGUAAAUGGGCUUGAUACUGUGAGGGUACCUAUGUCUGUGGUGAACUUUGAGAGGCCCAAGACCAAAAGAUAUAAGUACUGGUUAGCCCAGCAAGCUGCCAAGGGCAUGGCCCCCACAAGCUCCCAGACCAUCUGAACCUGUUCUACCUCGAAAGCAGCAAAGCAGAAUCAGAGGAGUGGUGGAGCGAAGAUGGGCCAGCACCGUGAUAUCACUCCCAGCUCUGACCAAACAUGGAAUUUUAGAAAGCAUAUGGAGACAGCGACAGCAGACUAGACUGAAUAUACGUUGAAUUGUCUAUAUUUGCCAUCUUCAGCGGUUAUCCCAUCUAGCGUUAUUGGGGCAGGCCUACUCCAGAAGUACCAGGCUGUAGAUUUGAUAAGCUAAAUAUUAAUAGACCAAAAGAGUCUAGAUCUAUUUAGCCUCUUCCUACAUUGGAAUUCAUUGGAAUAAAUGAUAGAGCUAGCUCAUUCUCAUCAUCCAAACUACACAUUUGUAUCUGAAAAAAAAAUAAAGAGGUUGUGUUCUUUUUAGGUGUUGUUUACUGGACUGAGUAGACUAGGGACGGGACCUCUAAUUGGGAUGUCCUCUUGAGCCACUGGGGUUUACUGCUAAAAAGGAAAAAAGAGAAUACAUUUGCAGUCUACAGCCCACAGUUGCUAUGGACAAAUUACUCAACAAGUUGAUAUGCCUUAUGGUCUUAAAACUUACUAGGUAUGCUAAUAAAGCCCUCAGUACAAAUAAGCACAAUGGAGUCUACUUUUCUAAGGAGAUCUGAAUAAGGCCUAAGGGAAAUUGUUGGAGAAAAUGAUGAUGGGAUGAAAUAAGUUUAAAAAGGGAACUUCUGUUUUAUUUCUUCAACCAGCUCCUGAAAUUUUGAAAAAGAAAAUACCUUGGUUUCCAGACUGAGGUUAAGAUAUGGGGCUAGUUCGUAGGUAAUUACGGAAUAGGAGAUGAGGCAAGUAGAUUGAUAGUUCUGUGUAAGUUCAAGGUCCAUUCCUGGAAAAAAGACCAACUGUUGACAAGUGGAUUGUGCCAGAGUCACUCAAAUAAAUAGGAGAUUUUGCAGUUUAGGAAGGAUAAAGAUGAGACCAUUGACUCUAUUGCUACCCUUACCAGAGAAAUUGGUUUCUGUCAUCCUAUGUGAGCUCACCUGCCUUGCCAAGCCAACUAAUUACUUUCAUCCACACAAAGCCAUCCCUGCUAUUGAGAGUUCUGUCAUCAGUAGUUGCACUAAUAUCUGUAUCCAACCUCACACUUGCCAGAACUCUGUAACAGGUCGAGCACUAGUAUUGUUUGCAAUUGCCAUUUGAUUGUCAGAUUUGCCAUCAAUCCCUGCUGUCCUUGAAAUGGAAAGCUCACUUAAUACUGCAUCUUUCCACACCACCACCAUCACCAUGAUGAAGCUCUCUGAAACUGAGCAACAGGAGCAACAUUCCACAGAGCGAAUCUCAAAAAGCGUCCAAAUACUUGUCAUGAGGUGAGUUCCCGGCAAAACAGACUGAGUUGGAGAUUUGGGUGCAGGAAGUUUACUGGGGGCGUCCUCUAGAUUAACACCUGUUGGGGAGUGAAGGAAGCAAAAUUCGGUAGAGGGAGAAGUUGAGCUGACGCAGUCUCAACAAAGGCCUUAGUCCCCUGGGGAGCUCAAGCUAGGGUGGCUUGAGCCAUCUAGGUGUGUACCAUGUUGAGGCAGGUGGCCAGACCUAUAGACCCCCCCCACGCUGACCAGGAAAGGGUCUUGGGUGAGGUGACUGAUUUCAGGCACAGGCAGUUCCCAGAGGGGAACUCAGAGCUGUGCACAUUCUCAGCAGCUUGGGAAGUGAGUGCUUCGGUGCUGAAGGGAACCAUCUGGGCAGCAUACCAUAGUCUCCACUACAGUCCACUUCUUGUGCUGUCAGAUCAGUUUGUUCAUAAGUUCUAAAACGAUCCCUUCAGGAUCCUGAUGGGCUUCCUUUCCUGGGAAAACUUGGAGGAAGAUCUGGGACAGACUACAGCCCCUGCUGCUGUAGCCUAAGUCUACAACUGGUACUUACCUCCUACUACCCAUUCUAGAUUCUUCCCCACACCCCCUCAAUUUAUACUUCUGUUAGUCCACAUGGGUUACGUGAUAAGGUACCUGGUCAUCAUGCCCUUCUCAGGCCAUGACUGCAGCUUGUCCGUUUACCAUCAAAAUUAGGCAAGAGAGGAGCAAGAGAUACCUAAGUGGAUGACCUGGGUGCCAAAUAUAUUCUGCCUUGUCCCCACUGUGUAAUAACAGCCCUACCUCCUGAUGGUCAGGGUCAGUUACUCCUGCCAGGAUAGUGAUUCCUCUCCUUAACCUCGUCUUUUGAUAGUGAUCAGAAGUAAUCUGGUGGCAGCCAUAGCUUAAAGUUUAAUGAGACUUUUAGUGUGUCCACUGGUGGAAAUAUUCCCCUUCUGGGAAGCAGGACUUCUAAGUCCUCAGAGCUCAGAGCUGGGAUAGUAGGUAUAGUUUUCCCCAGUUGGGUCACUGAGAGUGAUAGUAAUGGUGGGCUGCUCCUAUAUCCAACCCCUGUUUCCCAGACCCAUAUAUUUUACUUGGAGAUAGCACUCUAGGUUGUCUGUUGAUCCAGGGUAUAUACUGCAUCCUGGAGGACAGUGUCUCAUCUUUACAGGGUGUCAUCUCCAAGCUGGUGUCUCAGCUGUGCCCUUAACAAGACGUUCCAUUGUAUCAGGUGGGUUGCUUCUGGAUAGUGUGGUAUAUGAUCAGACCAUGCAGCUUAUGAUAUGUACCCAGUGCUGUACCUCCUUGCUAUAACGUGGUCUCUUGGUCCAGUGCACUGUUACGCAAGAUCUCAUGCCAAUGGAUCAAAUAUUCUGUAAGCCCUUGGAUGAUGGUGGCAGGAAAGGUAAACCCAUACCCAUAAUACACAACAAUUUAGGUCAAGAUGGAACAAUGACCCUUUCAGGGUAGCAGGGAGUCAAUGUAAUGAACUUACCACCAAGUGGCUGGAUGGUUUCCUUGAAGAAUGGUGACAUGUCAGGGACUUAGUGUUGGUGUCUGUUGCUGAUGAGUUGGACAGUCAGUCACAGUAGCUGUAGCUAGAUCAGCCUUGGUGAGGCCAUGAUGUUGGGCCCAUGCAUAGUUUCCAUCAUGGCUUCUCCAUUCACAGGCCCAUUUUGCCAUCAUUGGGGUGCCAAUGACCGAGACUGGCUAACAUCAACUGGCUAAGUCAUUCAAUCUACUUGGUGGUUUGGUGACUUUUCUGUGGUGGAUGUUCUCUGGUGGGAAUUAACGUGCAGUACAAAGAUCAUCAUACACUGUACCCAUUCUCAAGUAAACUACAUGCCUUUUCCUCAG